UAGUUUAUAUCUCAGCCCGGGGGAUCGCAACUCAGAAAGCGCUGAAGAGAAGGAGAGCGAGGAUGUGGAUCCCGGGGAGGACGAGCGCUGGGGCCCUGCUGCUGCUCGGUGUGGCCCUGACCCUGGCCGAGAUAAAAUCCCCGACAGUGAACGUCUACACGGCGACCCCGGUGGAGUACGGGAAGAAGAACACGCUCAUCUGCCAUUGCAGCGGUUUCCACCCCCCUCGUAUCGACAUGCGCCUGAAGAAGGACGGGCAGGACAUGGCGGACUGUCAGGAGAGCGACCUGGCCUUCGAACAAGACUGGACGUACUACCGCAGCAAGCACGCCGAGUUCACCCCCAAGGAGGGCGAGGUGUAUGAGUGCGAGGUGAAGCACGACGAGGGGAAGCCGCAGACCUACCGGCUCGAAACCUUCUGAUUCGCUUUGAAGAGCCGGGGAGUCGCCUUCAGUCCUCCACGAUUGCGCUUUUAUUGCCGUUCCUUCUGCCGCAGAUCAGCCGCUGACCCCCCCUCCUCCCGGAUCCUCCAGCAGCACACAGCUAUCGAUGGGUUAAUGCUUGCGCUUGGGGCCUGAAGUGCGAUUUCCCCCCGACAAUUAUAAUGAUAAACUCUC